GGAAAACCUCACACACACACACACACACACACACGGAGGUAGUAGCAUCGUCAAGAGCUCACAACUGUGGAGCGCUUCAGCCAGGCAAAGCGUACACACAUGCAUCCGUAGACACAAGUGAAAUGCAAUGCACUUCAUUAAAUCGACUUGCAGACUAAUCCUCGCGCAUCGUUUUCUGCACUUUUAGUCCAAACCCAGUGUUCCGGCUGUGCUCGUCGCGCGCAUGUGUGUCUGAUCGGCGAAUUCUGAGCCUGCAUUUGCGGCAUGACAUGCAGAUAGAUCAUCCUCAUCAGCACCACCAUCAUAUUCAUCACCAUCAUUAUCAUCAUCAUCCUGUAGUGUGGUUUAAUGGGGCUCCUGAGGACCAUGAUGCCGCCCAAGUUUCAGCUCCUGGCUCUAGUGCUUUUUGCGCUGGCCAUGCUCUUCAUCGAGAACCAGAUCCGCAAACUGGAGGAGUCCCGAGCAAAGCUGGAACGCACUAUGGCCAGGUUGGAGCUGCGUGAAGUGGAGCAGAGGCAGAAUCAUGACACAGUUCGUGAAUCCCCAGUGCACGCAGAGAGUGAUGAUUUGCUAAUCAUCUACAAUCGUGUGCCCAAAACUGGCAGCACGUCCUUCACAAACAUCGCCUACGACCUUUGUGCCAAGAACCGCUACCACGUUCUGCAUAUUAAUACCACCAAGAACAAUCCAGUCAUGUCCCUGCAGGAUCAGGUGAGGUUUGUUAGGAACGUGACCUCCUGGAAGGAGAUGAAACCAGGGUUUUACCACGGACACGUAGCAUACUUGGAUUUCUCCAAAUUUGGUGUGAGGGCAAAGCCCAUUUACAUUAACGUAGUGCGUGACCCUAUUGAGCGCCUGGUGUCGUACUACUACUUCCUGCGCUUCGGAGAUGACUACAGGCCCGGCCUGAGGCGGAGAAAGCAGGGUGACAAAAAGACGUUUGAUGAGUGCGUGGUGUCAGGGGGAUCUGACUGCGCCCCAGAGAAGCUCUGGCUGCAGAUUCCAUUUUUCUGCGGCCAUUCCUCUGAGUGCUGGAACGUAGGCAGUCACUGGGCUCUGGAGCAGGCCAAGUACAACCUGGUAAAUGAGUAUCUGCUGGUGGGAGUGACAGAGGAGCUGGAGGACUUCAUCAUGAUGUUGGAAGCAGCACUGCCCCGUUUCUUCAGAGGAGCCACUGAUCUCUACCGCACAGGUAAGAAGUCCCACCUGAGGAAAACAAGCGAGAAGAAGCCUCCGACUAAAGAGUCCAUUUCCAAGCUGCAGCAGUCGGAAGUGUGGAAGAUGGAGAAUGAGUUCUAUGAGUUUGCGCUCGAGCAGUUCCAGUUCGUUCGCGCUCAUGGUGUCCGAGAGAAGGACGGGGAGUUGUUUGUGCUGGCGCAGAACUUCUUCUAUGAGAAGAUCUACCCGAAAGUGAACUGAAACAGGAGAGAAAGCCAUUACUUUUAACCUCCUGUAUUUUCCAUCAUCAUCACCACAGAGGAGGACAAGGAGAGGAGGAGGUCUUGAGUAGAAAACGGCGUCUGUGGAAAUUGAAAAAGAGCUCUUUGUGGAUUUAUUACCUCCUCAAUCAUAGUACAGUGGAAUUCUACUGUAUGUACACUAUACAGUACAGAAGAUUACAAAACACUGUUUAUUGUAGAGAUGAGGAAUAUGUAAACUAUGCCGCAAGCGGUGAUUACAGGAACUUCUAGAGUAAUUUGAUGGCCAGCACUCUUCUUUCUCAGACUUUAUGGCAUCCUGGACAUCCUGGGGGGGGGGGGGGGGGGGGGGGCUUAAAAUAAAAUUUAAACAUUUUAUUUGUUUAAAAUAAUUCAUUUAGACUCCCUUAAAAAGAGACAAAGGGUACAUUGAAGGGAAACUCAACAGGGUGCAAAAUGUGGCUACUUUUUUGUACCAGCCAGCAGCACAUUAAACGCACCUUCCAUUUUAUUAUUAAGUGUUCUCAACUUUUUUUUUCCCCCCUCCUCUUUGGCAUUGUGCGCUUUUUAUAAUAGAAUGCCAUGUGUUUAGUGUGAGUAUUAUACCACAGCAAAAGGUCAAGUAGAACUUAUACAUAUUGUACUUAAUGCCUAUUUUACACAGUGGGGCCAAAUGGCUAUAAGAGAAACCAAGUCGUAGAUGUUGACCUUCAACAAUGGAGUGCUGAGGGAAAAAAAAAGAAAACGCAGUAGUUGAAGCAUUGUGAUUCACAAUCCCAGUUUUUUUUUUCAGUGUGGAUUUAAGGCAGAGGAUGUCCAAUCGACCACUGAGGAUAACGAUCAAUUAAAUUAUACUUUUUAUCAUCCGAGUGCAAGUAUUGUAGUCCACUGAGAUUUCUAAUGAGAAGGGACAGAAGAAUGUAACUGCCUUCAACUUCGACUUGGGCUCCUGUAGCUCCUCGGAGGAACACUAACUGACCACGUACUGGAAAGGUGAUAAUCUUUGUAGAGACCCUGUGCUUUUUAAAAGCCCUGGAUUGUCCAAAAAAAAUUGUUUAGUCAGUGCUGUGUUUUUUUUUUUUUGGUUUUUGUUUUUUACUGUGUGAUUUUUGCUACAGUAUCUGUUAAGAAGAGCUGCUCAGAGAGGCAUCUGGGUAUAGAGAGGUUUGACAGCCAGGAACAGAAUUUACUGGAAAUCAUCUGAACUCUGACUGAGAACAUCAUUUCCCCUGACUGAGACAUGCACACUCGGAUCCUAAAUUAGCUCCACUUUCAAUAGUGCCUUCAUAACCAAACGGUCAGAAUUUGUCCUCUGAAUGGUCAGAAACAUCACUCACUUUUCUAGUCCAUGUGUUUUUCAGAUACCAGCUUUCUUUUUGAGUUUGUGUUAAUGUUUUCUUGGUGAAAAAUUGUCUUCAAUGCAUUUGAAUAAAUCCUGAACUGUCA